UACCCAUCUGUUUCUUAGUUUCUUCCAUACUUCCCUUAUAUGCAUCUUGAUUAUCAUCACGUUCUCCUCCCUUGUUCAAUAACUAAGCAUCUUAUUGAUCAAUUUGAGAGGAGGCAUUCCUUAAUCGAUCGAUUCGAGGUCCGGCAUUCCUUGAUCGAUCGCUUUAAGGUCCAACAUUCCUCGAUUGAUCGAUGGAAAUGCUGGAAAUGGGAGGUAAUUGCAAACCCCUGAUUACAUUUGUUCAUGCAGACACCGGCACGUUUCGAGAAGUAGUGCAGCGAUUGACAGGAGCCGGACCUUAUCAAACUCAUACUCAUAAUGAAAAGAGUAAUCCAGCCACCAGCAUAAGCUCAAGGAAACCAACGGCGGCAUCAUCAAUGAGCAAACUUCAUGAGAGAAGGCAAUACAUCAAACCCAAGCUUGACAUCGUUAAACCUACCAUCAUCAAUAGCCAUUUCAAAUCAUCGAGUCCCUUGGUCAGCCCUUCUACGAUUUUCUCGAAACUCUCCAUAGCCGAACAAGAAAGCAGAGGAUCACCAGCAGCUGCAGCAAAGCCAACGGUUAGAGCAUAUGAACAUGAAGAUGAAAAUAGAAAUAGUCAUUUAGAAGAAGAGAAAGCCAUUCAAGAGAAGAAAUUUUACCUGCAUCCAUCACCACGCCGGGGAAGGUCGCCAAGGACACAACCAGAGCUGCUUACCUUGUUUCCUCUAACAUCCCCUAAAUCAGAACUUCAAAAUCCAUGAUUUCUUUCCCUGUUUCCGAAAUUAACUGUACAAUGAUGUAAACAUGGUUGCAAUCUCUCUUU